GCUAUCUGUCACUUUGUAGCGAAAGCGAAUAAACAUCGUAUACUUUGUUAAUUUAUGCUUAUAAAUAUUGUUUUCUUUAAAAGAUGGAUGAUAUUUGCCGUCUCUGCUGUUCCAGACACUUCGUAAAUAAUUAUAUUUUCGACGAGGAGAACGCGUUGUAUUUAAAAAUGUCUCUAUACUUGCCGAUAAAGGUGUUUAAAAACGAUCGACUGCCUCAGAAGAUCUGCGACAAGUGCAGCUGCAAGGUUAACGAUUUUUACCAGUUCUGUAACGAAAGCAUCGAAGUUCAAAACAGAUUGAAUCAUAUUCUGAUAUCAUCAAAACUUGAUGACAAUGAAAGAUUCAACUUUACAAAUUUCAAAGAAAAUGUUAAUUCUAUUCCUCUCACAAAGACUAGCCAGGGCACACAGACGGAGAUAGAUCUGCCCUUACCUAGUGUGCCUACCAUUAAAACCGAACCAAAACCAGUGAUAGAACCAGAACCAGAACCAGAAAUUAAAAAGGAAUGUGAUUAUUUUGAAAGAGAUGAUUUCUCACACGCAGGCGUCCCUUCUGACAGCAGUGAAGAGGAGCUACUUAUAGAAAUAAAGAAAAAGAAAAGAAAUAAAAAGGAGAAUAGCGUCACUAGUAACGGUGAAGUUAAAGUCAAAAGAGCAGGAAAGAGAAAGACAAAACUGAACGAUGAAGAACUUCCGUCACAGACAUUAGAAAAUGGCCUUACAGUUGUAAAAGAAGUAAACGAGUCAAGCGUGGACUUGAACCAUGUCACAGAAGAAGUUGUGUUGAGACCUCAGGAACUCGGGAAAGUGGUGCCGGCGGCGAAGUGGGCGGGGCACUGGCGGCGGCACUUCAAGCGCGACACGCACCCCUACCGCUGCGCGCUCUGCGAGGUCACCUACCGCGACCAUCUCUGCAUCAUGAAGCAUGGUCAGUGUACUACCCCCACUAUGCGAAGUGGCCGAAACACUUCAAGCGAGACAUGUCUGACGCACGGCGCGGACGACCCGCGGCGCGAGGAGGGCGCGCGCCCGGACAUGCGCGUGUUCGUGUGCGACCUGUGUCCCGAGGGGUUCUACUACAUGCGGUGCCUGCUGGCGCACCGCACGCGGGCCCACCCCGAGGCGGCCGCCCGCGCACUGCAGCUGCGCUGCGGCGUGUGCGACCGCAGCUUCACCCACGCCAACUCGCUGCGCCGUCACUCGCGCGUGCACUCCGGGGAACGCAACUACCUGUGCAACGUGUGCGGCAAGGCGCUCACGUCGCGCGAGCACCUGAAGUUCCACAUCCGCAUCCACACCGGCUACAAGCCCAACAUCUGCAAGACGUGCGGCAAGGGAUUCGCAAAGAAGUGUAACCUGAAGCUGCACGAGCGCGUGCACUCGGGGGAGAAGCCCUACGUGUGCUCGCACUGCGGGAAGGCCUUUUCGCAGCGCUCCACGCUCGUCAUACACGAAAGGUACCACAGCGGCGCGCGGCCGUUCUCGUGCUCGCUGUGCGGGCGCGGGUUCGUGGCUCGCGGGCUGCUCACCAUGCACCUGAAGAGCGCCUGCGUCGACCUGCCGCGCCCGCACCCCCCGCCGGCCCCCGCGCAGCAGCGGCCGCUCAAGUGCGUCCAC